AGAAAGGAAAACGCAUCAUCAUGCAAAACUGAUUGCAAGGCAAUGAUCAAAUUGCUUCGUACAAAGGACCAUGGCUGGUAUGUGAGUGCAUUCGUCAAAGAACACAACCAUCGGUUGUCAUUGGGAUAUGAUGCUAAGAUGCAGUGGAAUUCGCACAAUCAUAUUGAUGCAAUAUCACGGGAUUUCAUAAAAAAUCUCCGUGAGAAUAACAUCAGUAUUACUAAGGUCUAUAACAUAUUGGGCGGACUUGGAGCUGGUCCGCAAGCUGUGCCAUACCGCAAGCAGUUGCUGCGUACAUUGUGCUCCAGGUACUCCCAGGAAACUAUAAAAGAUGACCUGUCCAAAACAAUGAGUCUCCUGCAAGAGAUGAAGGCUCAGGACAACAACUUGAAGGUGGAGGUUGAUGUGGAUGCAGAGGGACGAGUCCGAUCGAUGUUGUGGUGUACCGGCAAGAACCGUCAGGAUUAUGUGCACUUUGGAGACGUGGUCACUUUCGAGUUUCGACACAACUUACAAAACAAAUCUAUAUAACAUGCCAUUUGGUCUAUUUGUUGGCGUCAACAACCACUUCCAGUCGGUUAUCUUUGGAGGUGUCUUGAUGCGUGAAGAAACCGAAGUGGCAUUCAAGUGGGUGUUUAGCACGUUCGUCACCAUUAUGGACAACAAACAACCCGUUACUAUUCUUACAGACCAGGCACAUGCAAUGAAGGGUGCAAUCGAGUCUGCGCUUCCAGAAGCAAGGCAUCGUUGGUGCAAAUGGCAUGUUCUGCGAGACGCCAAAGAAAAAAUCGGCCAUGUGUACAACAAAUUCUCUGGAUUCAAGAAGCAAUUUCACCCCCUCAUAAAUGAUAUUAUGUGUGUGGAGGAGUUUGAAGAUAGGUGGUCCAAGUUGGUAGCAAAAUACAAACUCAACAACAAUGAUUACAUGACAAGGCUUUUCGACAAGAGAGCAAUGUGGGCCAAGCCGUAUUUCAAGGAGAUUUUCUGCGCAGGGAUGACAAGCACCCAAAGGAGCGAGAGUGCCAAUCAUAUGUUGAAGCAGUACAUACAACGAUCAUCUCCCAUGCAUGUUUUUGUUCGUCAAUACGGGAAGUUUCUCGGGGCCAGAAGGAGCGAGGAGGCUACGGAAGCACACAUGACAGCAAACAGGUCACGCUCUUUUGAAAGCUCCUACCCUAUAGAGGACGAUGCUGCAUCCAUUUACACCCGCGCUGUGUUCAGCAAGUUCCAAGAUGAGCUCCAUAAGUCAGGGAGCUAUGUGGUAACGGUGGUUGAACCAGGCUCUCAUUACAUCGUUAUAGUGUUGCGCCAUCUAAGGUCGUGGACGAAUCCAGACGUAAGCAGAGAACGGUUAAAAUAGAGGAAUCAGGUCAAUUCAUCUCAUUUGAUUGCGGAAUAUUCGAUCACGUUGGCAUGUUGUGCAGGCACUCUAUCAAGGUACUAGUACGUGAUGACAUAUUGAAGAUUCCGGCAAAGAAUAUAAUGAAGCGCUGGACAAUAUGGGCAUGCGGCGAAUUUCCGAAGGGUAUGGAUAUGAUUGACAAUGCUUCAUCUCCCCAUGACAACAGCUACUUGAAGAAUCUUCUUCGUAUCGCCGUUGAAGACCUGGUCCGUGAAAGUUGCGACAAACCAAGCCUAGAACAUGCGCUAGAAGGGGUAACCAAGCUAACUUCCGUCGUACGCAAGAAAAGAAGGAUAUCUUCGGAACCUCCACAGAGCCUAAUUAAUUCCAUACAGUGUCCAGUAAACAUCACCAGCUCUGUGUUACUUCCUCCGGAACGAUUGAACCCCAAUGGAAGGCCUGCUACGGUAAGGCCAAAGUCCAGGAUGGAUUAUGUUGCAGUGAAGACUAGGAAGAAGAAGAAGAAGAAAGAAACCAGCCGUGGCAAUGGUAAGACUCCUGUUGGCACUCCGAAGAACAAAAAACGUCCAGUGGCCAGCUUAUAUGACAACCAGGUUCCGUCGCUUUCGCCGGAGGUGAGCGCUGGAGAAACCGUGACACGAGAUGUUGGCCGGCCAAAAAGGAAGAUACACUGUCAAAGCUGCAAACUUCCAGGUCAUACUCGACUGAAAUGCACCCAGCGAGGUAUCUCCAAGAACCUGUUUGAAUGUCUGUAACAUGCAUCGGUGUUAUGCGGAAGUAGGAGUAUGUCAUGAUAUUCGGGCCGCAUGUCCUGGGCUUGUGAUCUUUUGUCUAGCUAAUUUGUAUGUAUGAUAAAAUAGUUCGUACUCUAUAUCUAGAGUGUUUGGAGUAAGUUCAAAAUGUACGCCUCGGAUCUGAAUGUUCCUCGUGUU